AACAGGAUCAGAGUAGAUAGAAAAACAUUUGGCAACUGGGCUUUGCCUUUCUUUUCUGUACUGUCCUGGGGUGACUUGUCUGCAAAAUGAAGGGAUUUGUCAGGAUUUUUGUGCUGUGCUUGGCUUUAAGCCUGGGUAUUUGCACUGAAGAUACAACCCAAAAUAACACAGCCAAUCAGGUACCAGAAGACGACUCAUCAGACUGGGGCAUUGGAACGAUUAGAGAUGGAUUUGAGGCAGUUAAUGGCUAUUUUGACUCCUUUCUGGAACUACUGGGAGGAAGGAAUGGCGUGUGCCAGUACAAAUGUCGAUAUGGUAAAGCCCCACUGCCCAGGCCAGACUAUAAGCCUCCUGAACCCAAUGGCUGCAGUUCUUAUUUUCUUGGUCUCAAGGUACCAGAGAGUAUGGAUUUAGGUAUCCCGGCAAUGACAAAAUGCUGUAACCAACUGGAUCUCUGCUAUGAUACUUGUGGGGCGAACAAGUACCGCUGUGAUGCUAAGUUUCGCUGGUGCCUGCACGCUAUCUGCUCUGAUCUCAAAAAAAGUCUGGGAUUUGUCUCCAAGGUGGAAGCAUGUGAGUCUGUGGCAGACACAGUUUUUAACACCGUUUGGACACUGGGAUGUAAACCCUUUAUGAAUAGUCAGAGAACAUCCUGCACCUGUAACGAAGAAGAACGAGAUGAGCUCUAAGAGCUGGUGAACUCUGGACUUGUAUUACUACACAGUUUAUCGGCUGAUCUGUACAGAAUGUUGCAGUUCCAUCCACUUUAUUUCCUGCAUGAAAUCUGCAGAGUAAAGCUUUGCCUCUUUCAUUUAGUUUAUUGACUGAACAUUAUAGGACUGCACGUGGCAACACCUUUAGACUCUGAAGACCAUUGCAGCAAGCAACCGCUCAUUAGUUCCAUUUUGUGAACCUUUACUUUUGGAUGGAAGACUCUUUAUUUUUCUUUAAGGCAUUACACAGCUCAAGAUGAGAGUAAUAAAAAGGCUAGGGAUAACAGAUUGUAGGGCAGGUGGUACAAUAGAUGCAAGAUCACUAGUAUAGCUUGUUAAAAGGAUUAUAUCAAAUAGAAAUGUGCACCAUCCAUAACCUCACAAUGUAUUUUCCACCUCUUAUUUUCAUAGUAGGAAAUGCACAGAAUAUUGUCUUAUGUAGGUUAUAAUGUAUUUUGCAGUCAGAGAAGGUGCCCCUGCCUUUUCUGUAGUUUUUGUGAAAUCUUUAUUCUUAUAAAUACAUUUUGUGAGAA